AUGGCUGCACAGCCCGAAGGCACUCGUACACUGGCAGACAAGGCGUCUCUCGAGCUCCGAAUCUCGAAUCUGACCGAGGAGCUGCACCGCGCCAGAACCACAAUCGCGCGCAUGUCCGUGGACCUGGCGACCCUGGAAAAGACGCUGGAACAGACCACGGAGCAGCAAGCACGGCAAGUCGCCGGCCUCAAGCGGCAGCUCGAGCUCAAGCUAAGCUCGAGCGACGAGCCCAAGUGGCUGAACAUGAUGCUGGAGCUGGGCGUGCAGUGCGACGACGCCGAGCAAGAGCGCAAUUUCCUGAGGCAGAAGGUCGCCAAGGACCCCGAGGCCAGGGGUGAGGCGGCCCUCGAGAAGCUCAGGCUAGAUGAAGCAGUGAAUGAAGACCGCCAGGGAGAAGUAGACGAGCUCAAGCGCCUUGUCGAGUUCCACAAGCGUAACAGCGAACACAGCGCAGAGGAAGCCCGGGAGCUUCGGCGUCUGCUUCAUGAGCAGUCAAUUCAGGGCGGAAUGGGUGGCAUUGGGGGUGAUGAGGAUAUGCGCGAACAAUGA